AUGGCCUCUACACUAGUGACGCUGCCCGAAGUGGAGCGUCUGAGUCCGGUCUGUAUUCGCAUUCUGGGGGGCAACCCGGGAAAGUUCACGCUGCAAGGCACCAACACAUACUUGCUCGGGCGAGGCAGCCGCCGCAUCCUGAUCGACACCGGCGAGGGCAUGCCAUCAUGGAUUGCGGCUGUCAAAUCCACCCUGGAACAGGAGAAGGCAAGCGUUGAGACAGUCCUGAUCACCCACUGGCACCGGGAUCAUCAGGGUGGCAUUCGGCAGCUGCUGGGGUUGUCUCCGGGCUCCAGGGUCUUCAAGAACCAACCCGAGGAGGGCCAAUUAGACAUCUCGGACGGUCAAAAGUUUACCGUUGACGGGGCCAGCCUUACGGCUGUCUUCACCCCGGGGCACACUGUGGAUCACAUGACCUUCGUUCUGGAGGAGGAGGACGCCAUGUUCACGGCGGACAACGUCUUGGGCCAGGGGACGGCUGUGUUUGAGGACAUGGCGACCUACCUCGACAGUCUUGAGAAGAUGCGACACCUGUUCAAGGGGAGGGCGUACCCAGGCCACGGACCGGUUAUCGAUCAUGGCCCAUCCAAGAUUCUCGAGUAUAUUAGACACCGGAAGGCUCGCGAAGAGCAGGUCAUCCGCACGCUACAGAUGGAGAGGCAGGACGAAGGGAUCCAAGGUGCGACCAACGCCUGGACGCCCAUGGAGCUCGUCAAGGUUAUAUACCAUGACGUUCCGGAGGAGCUGCAUAUCCCGGCAAGCGGUGGAGUCAUGCAGAUUCUGGCCAAGCUCGCGAAGGAAGAAAGAGUAGUCGAGAGCAAUGACAGAUGGACGCUGAAAGCUCGAUUGGCAUAG